AUGGCCACCGCAUCAUCAAGAUCAGCGACUGUGGCCGAAUUACGUCGAAUGUUUUCCAACUUAGAUUCAACUGUAAUCGAAAGUGUUUUGGCAGCUAAUAAUGGUCAAGUUGAUAUAACAAUUGAUCAUUUACUUACAAUGUCAAUUGAUACUGAAAAUGAAAAUAAUAUUCAACAAGUAACACCAACAACACCACUUCGACAAUUACCAGCUGUUCCUAAUAUAUAUGAUGAUGAUCCACCACCUUAUCCUGGUCACGAUGCACUAGCUAAUCAACGUUCAACAACAAUGCCUUUUCUUCCACAACGUUCAUCAUCUAAUGGUCAAUCAUCAAUAAACUAUAAUCAAUCAGACAAUACGCAUUUUUCAAAAGAUACAAAUUUACAGCAAGAACUUCAAGUACGAAAAUGGAAAACAGCUUAUGAUCAAUAUCGUACUUGUUAUAUUGGAGAUUUGCCUAAUGAUUUUCUUCGAGUAAAAUUAUUAUCAAAAUUUGAAAUUACAAAUCAAUCAAAAGACGAUAUGUUUGGAGAAAAUGGCAAAACAUUACGAUAUGCUGAUGAUGAACAUUUUGAUGAACUUUUUCAAAACGAAGAUUUCUUAAAUGAACUUCGACAUAACAAAGAUUUUUUAACAACUCUUCAUUCAGAUCAACCGAUUCAAUCAACAUCAUCAUCUCAACAACGUCGAUCAUUUAGUUAUUUAAGUACAAAACCAUUACCAUUACCAACACCUCCCACUAUUGAAACACUUAAAACACCAAAAGUCCGUGCAAGAAUGCUUCAAAAUGUUCUUACACAAAUUGAACAAGGACAAACAAAGAAAACAUCAAUGGUUCCAGAAGAAUCUAUUACUCAAAAUGAAAGCUAUUCUUAUGGAAAAGAUAAUCAUGAACCAAUUCCAAUUCCACCUGCACCAAAUGUUAGUGAAUUUGAUCCAUUACGACUAGAAAGUAAUGAAGAAUUUAUUAGUCGAUUAAAAAAUAUGGGAAAAAAUUCAAUGGAAAAAUUUAAUCAAUUAGCUCGACGAUUUUCUAUGCGUAAAGAUACAACAACAAAUACUGGAAAAUAUUCUAAACAAUCAAUGAUGACAGACACAUUCGAAUGA